AAAAAAUAGGUUACUUUUAUGUUACUUAUCCUCAAUUCAUUCUCAAAAUUCUCAUGAAAACCCUAAUCACUCACCUAUAUAACAAGACUACCAAGAUAGUACUCAUCACCCCAUCAGAAACCAAACUCUACAACCACCAGAGAGAUAAACCAAAACUUCACACCAUACCACAAACAACUUUCCUUCAAAACCUUCACAAGCUUUCCUUAUCAGCACAAUAAUAAAUCCAUACGCAUCAGAAUAACACCUUCACAAGUCGCACCAACACAACUCUCAACAAAUUCAUCAAUCAUCACUGCGACUUCCACUUGCUUCACAACAAAAUCAAUAACAACACCACAUCUGCACGAGCCUCAACCGAUUGCAACACUUUCGACCGCAAUCUUCAAUUUAUUGAAUCGAUAAUGCUUUAACUGUAUUGUCCUUUACUUGCUUUCGUAGAAUUCGAAUCGUUGUAUGCUUUAACUGCUUGUGUUUAAACUGGGUGAUGUUAUUUAUAUGGAUCUAUAUUUAAUUAAUAGAAUAAUUAAUCUAACAACUAAUCAUGAUAUUUACACACACUUAUAAUAGAGAAUGAGAGGAAGUGGAAUUGAAAUUAUACUUUCUAUUUCUAAUAACUGAUAUAUUACAAAGCUAGAUUACAUGCCUUUCACACUUAACCUUUAAGCAAGCUUUCCUAGCCAUUAAGAAAAGUAUGGCGGUUAAUCAAGUUGGUCCUAUUGCAUUCUUUCUUAAUGAUUAAGAAUUAGUACACCUCAUGCUAUAUAUAACUUAGUGACUGAGAAAAAAUCUUAAUAGCUACCUAGAGUUUUCUAGUCUCUCUUUCCAACCAAAAAAUCUAGAAUACUCAUUUAAAAUCAUAAUUUAAUUCUAACACUCUCUUUCACACACACUCACUCUCUUCAAUCUUUUCAUUGUUUCAUCCUCUAGUGCUUUAGCAGAUUCCGUUUUGAAUUUAUCACAACUACUUAUCCUCCUCCUUUCUGUAUUAGGUUUACAAUGAAGGGCACAUCUGUGACUGUCAGUAUCAUUUUCUUUCUCCUUAGCAUUACGGUAGUCACGCUACUCACGCUAGUUUUGGUCAAAUAUUAUUCACCAUAUCAACAAAAUGACCUGAAGAUGUAUACUAUCCUUACUGAACCUUAUUUGGAAAAUAAUACUGGUUUGCUGCUUCGAUACAACAAAUUGAUACAUCAAGCUGCUGAUAGUGACUUGGCAUCAAGGCCCAUUCUCACCUUCAACUGGAAUAUUUGGAAUGGAUUUGUCAUAAAUCUAACCAAAAAAGAAGCAAGAAGAAUGAAUGGACUUGAAGGUGUUGUGUGGGUUUUUCCCCGUAAAAAGCCGGAAUUUGUACUCGAUGAUGAGAUUUCGUUGGCUUGGAAAGAGAAUUUAAAUAACAUAUUUUAUGUAAUUUUAAUUAUGCUCUUUUAUGUUAUUAUAGAAUAAAAAUAGCAAUAGAUUUAUAUCAUUUUAAUGGUGGAAAAUGUAUGAUAAUUGCUAGUACACGUUAAUUGGAGGGAUGCCUUGUCUGUAACGGUUUUUGGGUUCACUGAAAUCUUAUUGCUUCCAAAAAAAAAUACAACAACGACAUACACUUCUAAAGUGUGGAACAAAACUAGAAUCUUUAUUGCACGGUAUAAUGGUGUAUUAGCAUAAAGAAGAAAAUACGUCAAAAUAAACUUCUCAAAGUUAAUGCGGCAUACCUUGGAAAAUGCUUAGAGAUAAUAGAUAUUAGUCAGCACAACAGACAGCCAGUGCUCAUAAUAGAUCCAACGUGAAUAUUUGUAACUUGGUGAAUG